UGACGUUACUAUAUAUGUGCAUUCGCACACUGCUGUCUCAUACAAGAAUAGGAAAUAUGACUGGAUACACAUCGAUCAUGCCAUCAAAAUGAAUGGUGUGAUAUUGGACAAUUUGGAAUGAUUGUACUUUGAACGACAACGGUCAGCGUAUUGUACUACACAUACCCAUCAGAAAGUUCAUUCUUUCAUCGAAACAGUGAACACGUAAUCAUCUCUUCUGCAUUCAUUUUUCCCUCAUAUUAUUCUCUGACAUAAACCUAGUUUUUCACAUUGCAAAGAUAAUCAUCGAACAGUUGAAGCCAACCCGGCAAGUUCGUAAGACACCAAUAAACUUGGAGAGAACAACCCAUAAUAUCCACGUACAAGGUAUGCAUCUAAAGUGGUUGUGUGUCAUUUUGAGUCUAAUUGUUACUACUAAUGGAUUAUUGGAUUCAGACAUUGAGGCUUUCGUCACGUUAACAGAGCUUGGUUACGAGGAUGCGUGUACCAAAGCAGCCGAAGCCAAAUGGUCUUUCAUUAGGGAAUCUAACAACGACACCCGUACAAAAUGGGAAACUACUUUGGAAGAUUAUGCCGAAUACAUUCAAAUGCAAAAGAAAGAAAUCACAUCGAUGACUGAUGGAACUCUCAACAAUUCUUUGUUAAAAUACAAGUUUAGUUUGAUAACGAAACCCGGUGAUGCUUCAUUGGAGGCUGAAGAAUGGAGCCAGCUUGUUUCUUUCAUUGGUAGAAUAGAAAUGUGCAUAAUCUCGGGUGAUCAGACGAAACCGGAUCGGUCCCUGCGGCAACGUGGAGAGACAUUUUUAACCAGAAGUACAACGGUCAAUGAAAAAAUCAAGAUAUGGACGUCGUGGUAUGACAAUUUCAAGCCUUUCAAGCGAAAUUUCAGUCAAAGUCUUAAACUAGUGGAGAAUGCCAGUAUCAAAAAUGGAAUGAAUGAUGUUGACAAGUAUUGGGCCAUGCUGAGUAAUUAUGAAAAGGGAUACGGGGAAGUUGCCAAUAUAUGGAAAACUAUUGAUCAACUUCAUAAAAGAAUUGUGAAUUUUGCGCAGAAGAAACUGAUUGCAAAAUACCCUGGCUCUCAAAUUACUAACGAAACUUUACCAGCUCACUUACUCGGAUCUCUCCAGGGAUAUGAUUGGACGCAAUUAGCACUCUAUAUAAUUCCAUAUCCCAAUAUAACUUUUCAAUUAAGAGAGAAUCUCUUGCGCAACUAUUUAGUUGGCAAUAAUCUGUACAAGGAAGCCUCUCGACUAGGUAAAAUCCUAUUGAACCGUGUACCUGAAGCAGAAUUUUGGGAGGAGAGUGAUUUUAAUGGGCAAUGUCCAUCGCAUUUGAUAAAUCUUUGCAAUGGUAAUAUGCGCUUAUCAACUUGCUCAAAUCACUCAUCUAUCGAAAAUUAUUUAUCUGCUCAUAAGAACGUUGCCAAGAUAUUGAUGCAGCAAUUGUCGAUGGAAAAAAGCCCCAUUCUCAAUGAGGCCAACCGAUAUUCUGCUAUUAAUUCGGCGGUGGAAGAAUUGUUUGGUGUUUUGUCAAUAAGUCGAGCCUGGUUAAUGUCUCUGAAUCUAGUUAAAGAAUCCGAUGAUCAAGAUGAAAUUCGCGUUGUAUCAUUGAUGAUAACAGCACUCGAUGUCCUUCCGCGGUUGGCUUAUUAUCUCACUGCUGACAUGUGGAGACUCGAUUCUAUCAGAAACAAAAUUCUUGACUCCAACGACUUGACUGCUACUUGGUGGGAAUAUCGAAAAAAAUACGAGGGUAUUUCCACGAUUUUCGCAGAUACGCCCACAUUUCUAAAUGAUGAAUAUAUCAUCAGUAACAAGCCCUAUUUAUCAAAAUUUUUAGGAAUACUGCUGAGUUUUCAAAUAUAUGAAACACUGAUGGAUUCUACUGAAAUGAGAUACAAUGAAAUUGAAUCAAUUACUCUGAAACAUGAGUUAAUAAAAAUGAUUCAAUAUGGUUCGGAUGACAAUUGGAAUGAAGUUGUGAAAACAUAUUUAAAUAUUGACGAAAUAUCACCAGAUUCUUUGAUGAAAUAUUUUUCACCAUUGGAGGAGUACCUCGAUGAGAUCGAGGGAGAAACGAUGGAUUCAACAUCCCUAGAUUUUGAGAGCGCUCUUGAGAAAUUGGAGGAUCAAUUGACAAAUAAUACGAAUGUUAUUUCCAGUACGCAUGAAUCGACACCUAUAGUCAUUAGUACAAUUUCAACACCAAAAAUGGAAAAAUUGGAGGUUCUACCGACGCAAACAACACCAAGUGAUUUGAAAAUUUUUCAACCGCAGUUCUCGGUCACUACAGACAAAUCCUCAGAAAGUUUAAAUAAAGGAGAAUCAGUGGAUAAACCAUUUUCUGGAGAUGAUGAUGAUGAUGAUAAGAGCCAAAUCAUAAAAUCGGGGACAAGCAAAGCCGUUUGGGCGGUUGGUGCUGUUCUCAUAGCUACUGUUACAAUCGUUAUUAUUGCUAUUUUCGGACGUAAAAGGUGCCGAAAAACACCAAAGAAUAGAAGAUACGUUUGAAGCGACAGCAGGAGGAACAGACAAAAAAAAUAUUGCAUACUUCCAUGGCAACUGCCAAAGGGUAAUAGUUCGUACAAUAUUCAUUUUAUUUGUAUGGAGGAAUUCGUUAUUUAAUUUUCUCCUCAACAACAUGUGAUAUCGCAUCAACAGUAUUUUGUUCUUUUUCUCGGCGGAAAAGUCUGAAAGGAUGAAUAAGUGUUUUCGUAAAAUCGAUUAAAUCAAAUCACACAUAUACAUACACCUAUACAUAGAUAAUAUAGCUUGAAAGUAGUAUUUAUUGUUCACGAUAUAUGCGGUCUUGACACUUUGCAAGAUGCCAUCCUUCCGUUUCUAAAGGAAAGAAUUGUACGAAUUUUUUUUUUGCAGUAAUUUUUGUCAUACGAACUAGUGAACACUCUCAUUAUUGAGUAAUGAUUUUAGUUGUAAAUAUAAUUGUCGGUAAAAGUGUGAUAUAUGUUGUAGAUCAAGGGGCAGGGUAAAUUUAUAUUUUUUUAUAAGAAAUUGUAAUUUGUACCUAUGAAAAUAUACAGAAAUGAUGACAAAUCGUGA